UCUGAUCCCAUAUUUUGAAGACUCUCAAUUGGUUUUAAAAGAAUUGAGCACCUUCUGACUGACCAAGUCGACCAUUAAAGGUACUCAGCCUCGUCCAAUUUCCAGGUCCGACACUGCACGUGUUCAACGACACGAAAUGCAGCGCCGAGGCAGAGGAUAAGAAUGAAGCUUGGGCUCCGUAUCCAAGAAACUCGAUUUCGUGUUUCAAGUCAGGGAACUAGGCGUCAUGCCUUUCGCCCGGAGUGAUUCGCUUCGGGAUAUUGACUUUACGCUUCGUCGACAGUUCAACAAGACAAACUUCAGACCAUAUCAACGCGAGAUCAUCGUCGCCGCCCUCGAUGGCAAAGAUGUCUUUGUUCAGGCAGCCACGUCGUUUGGCAAGAGCCUGUGCUUCCAGUUGCCCGCCGUGAUCGACCGAGGAAUCACAAUUGUAAUCUCUCCGCUGUUGAGCCUCAUGAUGAACCAAGUUGAAGCCCUCCGUGCAGCAAACGUCGACGCCCGCACACUCAACAGCAACACUCCCCUCUCCGAGCGGGAUUACAUCUACCAAGACCUGGCCACGGGCCAUCCGCUGACCCGCCUCCUCUACGUGACCCCCGAACUGUGCUCCACGGACCGCUUCCGCGAGCGUCUCAAGCUGGUUUACGAGCAAAAAGAGCUGGCCCGCAUCGCCGUGGACGAAGCCCACUGCAUCUCGGAAUGGGGCCACGAUUUCCGCAAGGACUUCAAGCGCCUUUCCUGGUUCCGCGAGACCUUCCCGGACGUGCCCAUCAUGUGCCUGACGGCGACCGCCAACACGCAAGUCCGCCGGGACAUCCUCUCGACGCUGGGGCUUGAUAGGACGCCCGACAAGCUCCGCGAGUUUACCAUGACGGCCCACCGCCCGAACUUGCACCUCGAGGUGCGCUUCACCAGCGACGAGGCCAACGACCGCUACGACGACUUCGUAUCCUGGCUGAAGGGGGUCUAUGCGCGGCGGUCCGCGGCGGACCGCAGGCCCGAGCUCGAGGCCGCCGGCGAACGCGUCGAGGGCGUGCCAGGCAUCAUCUACACGCUGUCGCGCGACGAGUGCGAGUCGCUGGCAGCGGCGCUGCGCUGCGACAACAUCGGCGCCCGGCCCUUCCACGCCAAGCUGCCUAAAGAAGUCAAGGAGGACACGCUCGCGCGGUGGCUCGCCAACGAGCCCGGGUAUGACAUCAUUGUCGCCACCACGGCGUUUGGUAUGGGCAUUGACAAGGAUAACGUGAGGUUUGUCGUGCACUGGCGGUUGCCGAAAAGCUUUGAGGGGUAUUACCAGGAGGCUGGGAGGGCAGGCCGCGAUGGGAAUGCGAGUUACUGUUUCUUGUACUAUGCUCGCGAGGAUAGGGAUCGCGUUUGUAAUAUGGUGAUAAGGGACGGCGCAGGUGUGCGGGAUGGGAGUGGUGACAGUAACAAGCAAGCGAGGCUGGAGAGUCUGAACCGGCUUGUCGGAUACUGUGAGGAUACGAGUACCUGUCGGCAUGCGGCCAUUUGCAGGUACUUUGGCGAGGAGAAGGUGCCCGAGUGUGACUAUGCUUGUGACUGGCAUAAGGAUGCGCAGGGGUUGAAGAAGAGGAUGAUGAGGGGCCUUGCGAGCGAGGAGUGGGUUUCCACGCAGCGGCAGGAGGGCAUGUAUGAUGACUAUUACUACAGUGAUUAGACGGGGGACAUAGCCACGAUACCCAUUUGGCGGGAGGAUUAGCAAGACACAUCUUCUUCGAG